UUAAAUCACAUAUUGAACAAUCACUCAAAAUAAUGACAAUUUUAAGCAUUGGAGAAAUCCUUUUAGGAGUUCUUAUUUUCAUUGUAAUCUACUAUUGGAGGAUCAAUAGAAACACACCCAUGACAAAAUGGCCGGUGCUUGGAAUGUUACCUGCUCUUAUGCAUAACAUGUCUAAUAACUAUGAGUAUAUAAACUCAAUUUUGAAACAAAACAAUGGAACUUUCAUUUUUGAAGGACCAUGGUUAACAAACUUGAAGAUUGUUUAUACAAGCGAUCCGAUGAACGUGCAACACAUUACAAUCACAAAAUUUGAAAACUAUGGGAAAGGAGACAAAUUCAGAGAGAUUUUUGAAUUUCUUGGAGAAGGAAUUUUUAGGUCUGAUUUCCACAAAUGGAAGUACAAUAGAACACUACUUCAUUCAAUCUUUAAGCAAGAAAAUUUUAAGGUAUUUAUUUACAAAACUGUUGCGAAAAAAGUUGAUAGUUCUCUUCUUGUUUUUCUUGAUCAUGCUUGUAAACAAGGUUUACAAAUUGAUUUGCAAGAUGUUUUUCAUCGGUUAACCUUCGACAACAUAUGUUCUAUAGUAUUAGGAUUUGAUCCGAAUUGUCUUUCUAUUGAACUCCCUGAAGUUGAAUAUGAGAGAGCCUUUUCUCAAUAUGAGGAGGCAAUAUUUUAUAGAAUUUUCAAGCCUAAAUUCUUAUGGAAGCUACAAAAAUGGCUUAAAAUUGGUGUAGAGAAAAAUAUUACAAAGAAUGAAAAAAUUCUUGAACAAAUGUUGUAUGCAUCAAUAAAAUCUAAAAGAAAAAUACAAUACCAACAACAAUUUAACUUGCUAAGUGCCCUUAUGAAAGAAACUGGAGACGGAAAAAAUUCGAUAGAUGAUAUGUUUCUGAGAGACACGACAAUUAAUUUACUUGGAGCGGGGAGAGACACUAUUAGUUCGUGCCUCACUUGGUUUUUCUGGUUGGUGGCAACCCACCCUUUUAUCGAAGCUAAGAUUCUUGAAGAGAUUAAAGAAAAUUUACCAUCAAGAGAUGGUAAUUGGAAAGAUUUAGGAAUGGAAGGUCUUACAAAGUUGAUUUAUCUACAUGGAGCUUUAUGUGAAGCCUUAAGGCUUUAUCCACCAGUGCCUUAUGAGCUUCAAUCUUCAUUGAAACCUGAUGUACUUCCUAGUGGACAUAAGAUUAAGUCAAAUACAAUGAUAAUAUAUUCUUUGUAUUCAGUUGGAAGAGUGGAAGAAAUUUGGGGAGAAGAUUGCUUGGAAUUCAAGCCAGAGAGGUGGAUUUCAAAGAAAGGAGGGAUAAUUCAUGUACCAUCUUAUAAGUUCAUUGCUUUUAAUGCCGGACCAAGGACUUGUUUGGGUAAGGAAUUAAGCUUCAUUGAGAUGAAAAUUAUUGCUGCAAUAAUAUUGUUGAAUUAUCAUAUUAAGGUGGUGGAAUGUCAUCCCAUAAUUCCUUGUGUUUCUGAAGUCUUACACAUGAAACAUGGCUUGAAAGUUAUGGUGAAUAAAAGAAGCAUUUGAUGAUUAAGGGAGAUCUUAUAAAAAUAACUGAACUAUGUUCAGAAGCUACUUGUAGUGUAGUGUUUAUUUAAAUUUGACUUUUGACUUGUAAUUUGUAUUUUUCAUGGUAAUAACUCCUCUACUUAAUUAAGAGAUAUAAGAUACGGUCGUUUUCGU